AUGUCCUUCCACCAAUCCAGCCAAGACAUCCACAUCCGCCAGGAGGACGGCUACACCCUCCUCCUGGCCAAUGUCCGCGAUAGCCAUGGCCAGCUGAUCCAGCGCAAGAUCAGACUUGAUGAUCAUAUUGGCAAUACAGAUGGAUGGUUCAUCUGGGGCGGCACCAACUUCACCCGGACGGCGAGGAAUAUCUCGCUCGAACAUACCGCGUAUGGACCUAAACUGUGUGCUGAGCUGCAGACGAGAGAUGGUGGAUGGUCGAGGGGGCUGCAGGGGAUUAUGCUUUCGGAGAAGAUUGCUAAUAAUGAUGGGCAUUUGAAGUUUUUGGGUCCUUGA